UUGAUGAUGCCAGGUGACUUAAUGGUGUUUUCAAUGCUGAACGGGGAUGAACGUGUAGAAGAAGAAGAAGAAAAAGAAGAUGAUGAUGAUGAUGAUUAUGAUGGUGAGAUGAAAAAUGACGAGUUGAUGAUGAUGAAAUGUGAUGAUGAUGAUGAUGAUGAUAUGAAGAAUAAUUACGAGGAUGUGGAUGAUGAUGAUUGCCACGUGGAUGAUGAUGAUGAUGAACACGUGGAUGAUGAUCAUGAUGAUGAUGACCACGUGGAUGGUAACGACGAUGAUGAUGAUGACGACAUGAACAGUGAUUAUGAGGACGUGGAUGAUAAUGACGAGCACGUGGAUGGCGAUUAGCACGUGGAUGAUGAUGAUGAUGUGGUUGAUGAUGACUCGGAUGACGGUAGCUCGAAUGAUGGUCACUUGGUUGAUGAUGUGGGUGAUGAUGAUGAUGAUGAUGAUGCAAAUCAUAAGCAUGACGAUA